GUAAUCGCUUUGUUUACAUCUUUUAAAAUGUGAAAACCAAAAAUUUUAAGGAAUCGAACUUAUUUUUAUAUAAAAUGAGAUACCAAAUAAAAAGUGUAGUUAAUAAAUUAAUUAUUUUUUCGGGAAUAAGUGGAAUAUCAUUUUAUGUCGGACGCAAAUCAGUACAAAGUUCUAUAGAUAAUAAUUGUAAUGUCAGUCCUUUAAAAUAUUUUAACAAGCCGGGAUUGCCAAUAUAUGCUACUGUCAGUGCAGCCGUACCUGUUUUACGUAAUGAAAUCAUCGAUAAGCCGGCAAUAAUACCAACAGAAAAUAGAAUAGCAACAAUUAUGAAAUAUGGAUUUCCGGGCUUAGAUAAUAUUCGAUCAUUUGAUGACUACGUUUUAAGCUAUGACCGUAAGACGAGAACAGCACAUUGGGUAUUUGAACAUUUAACAUCAGAACACGUAAAGCACAACAACGAAGUUGACAGAGCAAAAUGUGAUUUUAAGCCUGACGAAAGCAUUCAUCCAUUCUUUCGAGCUGAUAAUACGGAUUAUAAGAAAUCUGGAUAUGACAGGGGGCACUUAGCAGCAGCUGGAAAUCAUAAAAAGAGCCAAAAUCAUGUCCAACAGACAUUUUAUCUCAGCAAUAUUAGUCCUCAAGUUGGUGUUGGAUUCAAUAGGGAUUCGUGGAAUAGACUUGAAAGUUACGUAAGAAAGCUCACCAAAGUAUACCAAAAUGUCUACGUCUGUACCGGUCCAUUAUACUUACCAAGAAAAGAGACUGACGGUAAACUUUAUGUAAAAUAUGAAGUCAUAGGAACUAACAAUGUAGCUGUGCCAACACAUUUCUUCAAAGUCGUCGUUUGUGAGACCAAAGACGGUAAACUCGAAAUGGAGUCUUACGUCAUGCCAAAUGAAAAAAUAUCCGACGACACUCCAUUAGAAAGUUUUCGAGUUCCACCUGAAUCUGUAGAACGUGCUGCUGGGCUUUUAUUUUUUGAUAAAAUUAAUAGAAAAAUGCUGAAUAAAGUUAAUGGAAAGAAAGUUUAACAAAAAAAUUAGACCAAACCUGUCUAAAACUCC